AUGCUAUCCACUUUGAAGUAAAUUCUUGCAAAAUAAAAGGACAUUCUAAUGAUUAUCCCAGCCUUUUGUUCUUAUUAUCUACUAACUGAGCAUGUAAUUUCCUUUGAGCUUUCAGAAGGUUAAUCAAUGCAUCCAACAGUCUAGAAUGGUGAAUUAGUAGUGGUUUAAAGAGCACUCUAUAAGAUAUAAAAGGGAGAUAUCAUUAUAGCUAAAUCACCUAGUAGACCAGACUUAACAGUUUGUAAAAGAAUAAUCCAUUUGGAAGAUGAGAUUGAUCCUUAUGGUAACAAAAUACCUAAAAAUCAUGUUUGGAUUGAAGGUGAUAAUCGAAAAGUAUCUUUUGAUUCUAAGAAUCAUGGUCCUAUUCCAAUCAACUUAAUUUAAGGAAGAGUAAUUUAUUGAGUGAAUUUGGAUUUGAGUAUACUUUAUCAGUCAGUAUUAUUAAAUUAAUUUACUAAAUGUAAUAAACUUCAUCUAUAAUUUGAGUUAUUAUUAUAAUCAAGUUAUUCUUGUUGGUGAUAGUAAAGUUGGAAAUUCAAGUUUCUUUAUAAGAGCAAUGAAAAACAUUACUCCUCAAUAAUCAAAAUCAACUAUUGGAGUUGAAUAUGCCUCAAAAUAGAUUGUUUAUAAGGAGUAAUUAAUAACAUUGAAAAUUUGGGACACAGGUAUAAUUUGAUUGAUUAAGCUGGAUCAGAAAAAUAUAAGUCUGUGACAUCAAAGUAUUAUUCCAACUAUUUAGUCAUUUUCUUUAAUCAUAAGGAGCAUUAUUAUUUUAUGAUCUAACUGAUCUAUAUACUUAUGAAAACAUAUAAAAUUGGCUUAAAGGUACUACUUACAAUAUUAAUAAUUAAUUAGAUAUAAAUUAUUAUGCAGAUGUAUCUAUAACUAUUAUUAUUGUUGGUAAUAAAUUGGAUCUUGUGGAUGAUGCUCAAAAUCUUCGUUGUAUUUCUUAAGAUAAAGUAUAAUAAAUGUGCAAACAAUAAAAUUUACUUUAUGCAGAAUUUCGACUGCAACUGGUGAAGGAAUAAAUGAAUUAAUUGAAUUUUUUGUUAAGAAAUUGUAGAUUAUAAAAGUUUAGAAUGUUUAAGAGUAAAAUAGAUCAAGAGAAAAUAGACCAAGAUAGAAUUGUUGUCAUUGAGAAUUUUGAUUAUGUUUGUAAUUGAGUUAUAC